AGCUGUUGUGAAUCAGAGAGCUCCCCCAGGUCCACAAGCACAGCCAGAACCCCAGAUUUUAUGGUCUUAGCCAAAAUAGUAGGCUUGCUGAACCUGCCUCCACAUUCCAGAGCAGCACAACCUGUUCUCUGUACUGAGGAUGAGGCCCAGCGAGGGGGCGAAUGACUUCAUAGAUGCCCAUGGGAACUGUCCCCACUAAGACCCUGAAGCAGCAGCCGUUGUCCUCACCUUUUCAAGUUGGAGAAAUAAAAGCCGAAGGUGUAUCAAGGUGUCCGUGUGAAGAUGACUGUGAAAGAACUCCUGCAACAAAGAAGAGCACAUCAGGCCACCUCAGGGGCGACCCUGUCAGGAAGCAACAGUAUCCACCUUCCAGACUCCAGCACGCCAUCGUCUGCAGGACUGUAUUUUGAACCCGAACCGAUGUCUUCCACACCCAGUUAUUUUCAACCCCGAGAAUUUUCCACCUGUGUCUCUUGUGAGGAAAGUCCAAGCUGCCUCGACCAGAUCUUUGAGUCCUACCUUCAGACAGAGACACUCCCAGGGCCUUUGCUCAACUCCACGCAAAGUGCUCCCCACUAUUUCCCAGACAGCUGUCAAGUGGCCCCUUUCUGCUAUAAUCAGAGCCUGACUCCAGAAUCGCCUUCGGAUUCCUCCAGUCUCUCUGGCUCCUUUGACUGCAACUACUCACCAGCUCAGCUGCCUUCCUACACUCCAGAGAAUUACACUUCUCUGCCUUCUCUGGAUUCCCUAAACCACAGCCUCCCAGAGGAAGGCUACCCAUACCACCACCAUUGGCCUUCCCACACCCAGUACAGCCACUUCUCCCCCACCACCCCCUCCGUCUGCUACUGCGCAUCCUGUGAAGCCGAGCAUCUGGAUGCUUUCAGAACCACAGAGUUCUUCUCCUACUCCAGCACAGACUAUGUGGACUUUGCCCCCUCGGCCACCGCCACCACCAGCGAUUUCUAUAAGAGGGAAACAAGCUGUGAUGCCUGCUACAGUUAGUAAAAAACCACAUGGAACAUGACGUGGGUAUAUCUGUUUCUCGACCGCAUCUAGAUGACACUAACAUUCAACGCAUUCACAAAAUAUCCCACAUAUGGUUUACAUCUCAUAGUUUUAAACCUCCUGACACUAGUGUAGGAAUCAAUACGAAGCCCUCAAACCUACCUGGUCUCUCGCCACUCUCGUUUUAUACACUCACUGUUAAAAAUGUUUGUGUGGAAUGUCCCCCAUGCCUUGG